CGUUCACAUCCGCUCGACUCGCUAUUUGUGUUGGAAAAAAAGGACUUUGUGAAACUGCAGCGAUGUCAGUCCAGGUUGUGGCAGCGAAAAUGGCAGAGGUCGAACUGAAAGACGUCCCCACCGGCAAAGACUUACCGGCGGGUUCCCCCAUGACACCGACCUCGGAGGGCAAAUGCCUGGGCAGAAACGACCCACAUGAGGCCGGUUCCUCCGCUGCUGCGUCCCCUACAGCGGAGCCCUCCAAAGCCGGGGAAGGCAGCCUGGGUUUGCUCAACACGAACCCGUCGAAGAUGCCUCAGGCGUCGGCUUUGAAGCGGACGGACCCGCAGCUGAACGGCGGAGAGGCUUUUGUCAACCGGGACGGUACCGUGGCCGAGGCUCCGCGCAUGAAAAAGAUCCAGUUUGCGGACCAGAAGCAGGAGUUCACCAAGCGGCCCUCCAAGAUCGGCCGGCGCUCCCUGUCCCGCUCCAUCUCCCAGUCCUCCACAGACAGCUACAGUUCAGCGGCGUCGUACACGGACAGCUCUGACGAUGAGACGUCUCCCCGGGACAAACAGCAGAAGAACUCCAAGGGCAACGGAGACUUCUGCAUCAAAAACAUCAAACAGGCCGACUUCGGACGCAGAGAGAUCGAGAUUGCAGAGCAAGAGAUGCCGGCCCUGAUGGCUCUGAGGAAGCGAGCCCAGGGGGAGAAGCCCCUCGCUGGAGCCAAGGUGGUGGGAUGCACCCACAUCACUGCCCAGACUGCUGUGCUGAUGGAGACCCUCUCAGCUCUGGGGGCUCAGUGUCGAUGGGCCGCCUGCAACAUCUACUCCACCCAGAAUGAAGUGGCAGCUGCUCUGGCAGAAGGAGGUUUCAGUGUGUUUGCAUGGAAGGGUGAGUCAGAGGACGACUUCUGGUGGUGCAUCGAUCGCUGUGUCAACGUGGAAGGCUGGCAACCCAACAUGAUCCUGGAUGACGGUGGAGACCUGACUCACUGGAUCUAUAAAAAAUACCCCAACAUGUUCAAGAAGAUAAAAGGCAUUGUAGAGGAGAGUGUUACCGGUGUGCACAGGUUGUACCAGCUGUCCAAGGCGGGGAAGCUGUGUGUUCCAGCCAUGAACGUCAACGACUCGGUGACCAAGCAGAAGUUUGACAACCUGUACUGCUGCAGGGAGUCCAUCCUCGACGGCCUGAAGAGGACCACUGAUGUCAUGUUUGGAGGCAAACAGGUGGUGGUGUGUGGAUACGGAGAGGUGGGAAAAGGCUGCUGCGCUGCCCUCAAAGCCAUGGGCUCCAUCGUGUACGUCACAGAGAUCGACCCCAUCUGUGCCUUGCAGGCGUGCAUGGACGGCUUCAGGCUGGUGAAGCUGAAUGAAGUCAUCAGACAAGUGGACAUCGUCAUCACCUGCACAGGCAAUAAGAACGUGGUGGUGAGAGAGUACCUGGACCGCAUGAAGAACGGCUGCAUCGUCUGCAACAUGGGACACUCCAACACUGAGAUCGAUGUGGCGAGCCUGCGGACUCCUGAGCUGACCUGGGAGAGAGUGCGCUCUCAGGUCGACCACGUCAUCUGGCCUGAUGGCAAGAGGAUAGUGCUGCUGGCUGAGGGUCGUCUGCUGAACCUCAGCUGUUCCACUGUGCCCACCUUUGUUCUCUCCAUCACCGCCACCACCCAGGCGCUGGCUCUGAUAGAGCUUUACAACGCCCCAGAGGGACGCUACAAACAGGAUGUUUACCUGCUGCCCAAGAAGAUGGAUGAGUAUGUGGCCAGCCUACAUCUCCCCACGUUCGACGCACAUCUCACAGAGCUGAGUGACGAGCAGGCCAAGUACCUGGGCUUGAACAAGAACGGGCCCUUCAAGCCAAACUACUAUAGGUAUUAAACCAGUGUCGGCGUUUGACUGAAGAAAUACAAAUACUCCAUGAUUGGCACAGACUCAAAGAGGGGGAGGAGGAGGAAGACAGAAGGAAGGACAGUCAACACACCUGCUUUAUGUUAUGGGGGGGAGGUUGGGGAGGAGCUCUGACUGAGAGGGGGCGGGGCUUAUCUUGCGCUUAUGGCAGCCGUUUUAUUUAUUCACGCUCGACAACAAUAAUGAUAACUCUAAAUCUGUGGAGCUGCUCCUGCCAUUAGCCGUUAGCUAGCUCCGCGACGUCUUCUUCCGGAAGAUGUUUUACUUCCUUUUUCACCACAAUUAUCUCUUUCUCUUUAAUCACUCAUUUGUAUGUCGACUUGUAUGUAAAUCCUCCUUCCCAUUGCCAGAUCUUUUAUUGUUUAACUAUUAAAGAUGAAAUUAUUGAUGCUAAAAAGAUAUAUACUAUAUAUAAAAAAAAAAAAAAAAAAUUGAUUUAAGAAAAGAAAUCUGUGUGAAUGAAGGCCGUUGAAGAUUCAGUGACGGACACUUUUUUUCCUGUCCUAUUUUUGUUGUCUGUUCUUUUCUACCUGUGAUUUUGUUUUUCUCUUGUGUAACAUUGAGAGGGCGGGGUUUAGACCUAGUGGGCGUGGAUUAGGUGGGAUCUCAGGGUCCAAUCAUAUCAUGACUUUUAUUUGAUCAUUCUCAUUGAGAUUCACCGUUGUGUCUGUUUUUAAACAUUUUUGUAUGCGUGCUGUCCUGUCCGAUCAGCCUGUAGUUGUCAGAACUUUUGUCUUAGUACGACUGGACGGGGUCUUCCCACCUGUCACUCAAAGCCACAGUGAAAACAUCUCAUUGGCUGCUUCUUUCUCGGCUUCCAGCUGCUCACACAGCACCUGUGUUGAAGUAUUUCCAGCUUGUGAGAGAUAAACCUUUUCAUUUAGCCUCUUCCUUUACCAAGAAUGACUAUACUGUAUUAGAAGCAUGGCAGGUUGUCAGACCAUUACAUACUGUAUAUUUAGAUAUUUAUAUUGAAACAUUUUCUAUCCUUUUCUCUCCUGCGCCACCUCAUAUCAUUACUUUUGGAAAGGAAUCAUCAUAUGUCGUAAAGAUAAGCAAUUAAGUGUUCUGAUGAUAAGUGUAAUAAAUGUAUUUAAGCCCUCACUUUGAAUACUGUGACAGAAAAUAUUUAAAGAGAAACCAAAUGAGCAGCAAGUUGCUGCCUGGCCGGUACUCAAACAGAUCUUCAAUCAGGUCCUCAAAGAAAAAAUAUGUUUGUUUUUUUAUAGUAUUUACCAUACACACCACAACUCUUUGGUACUCACCGAAAAAGUUCAGUUUAAAAAGUAAGAUCUGGGAAAUAUUCUCUUUUCAUCCAAGAAGCACAUUUACCCUUGCUGUAUAUCAUGUGCAUUUGCCUGUAAACGGUUAUUUCCCCCUUUUCUUUCGAGUUCUCAAAACUCGGCUUGCUAGCCUUGAAAUAUUUAAUUUCUUCUUCCCCUCCUGAAAGACUUAGAUUCUCUCCAGCUGACCUGACGGUGCAAAUUAGAAAGUCCUGACAGUCAUUUCAGCUGACAGCUCCCCGCCCGCCGCAAUACUGGCUCUGCACCUGAACCCAUCAGGUCCUCUGCUAACCUGCUGAGAGACGCUGCCACCAUUACUCUCACAGAGAGGGAUCACAUGCUUAAACACACAUACAGUAGCUCAUUAUCCAGGUCUUUGAUCAUUUUACACACUUUGAAUAAGAGGAAAUAGCACAACAAGGUUUUUUAAUUAACAGUUUAGCUCAUUCAGACUAAGAAUAUGCACAAUUAAUAAAAUGUAAUUGCUGUGUAACACUGACUAGUAUCUUUACAAACUAUUUAACAUCAACCAAAGUCUUUGAAGGAAUAUUUUGGCAUUUUUUUUAAAUAUUUGUAUUUGCUUUUGUGCAGAGUUGAGAAAAUGUAUAGCGCUCAUGUUAAAUAUGUUACUGUAGCCAGCAGCCACUUAGCUAAUGUUAACAUGAAGGUUAAAGAGCAACAAUGUCCGACUACAAGCGCCUCAUAAGUGUGUGAGCUUUCAAGGUGCUUGUAUCUAGAUUUUGUUAACUUUGGACAAAGCCACGCUAGCUGUUUUCCAUCAUUUCCCAUCUUCGGCUAGCCACAGCUACAAUUUUGGCAUACAGAUAUGGGUAGGAUUGAUCUUAUUAUGCAAGUCUCAACAAGAAAGUCAAUAACAGUAUUUCCCAAAUGUCAAGCUAUUCCUAAUUAAUUUGGCAAACGUAUAUACAUUAAUAGGCGCGUAGUAACCUAGCGUACGCCCCAAGGUCCUACACUGUCACAGCAGACAACCUCAUUAUCACAAUGUCUGUGCAUUAAUGUCUCCUUGUGCAGUUGAGAAUCCCUUCUUAUAGUAGUGCGACCUGUGCUCUUAAACCUGUUGUCUUACUUUCCCUUUUGUAAGUGUGAAUGUGUGAUUAAGAGUAUAACAUCUGGAGAGAAAGCUGAGGUGAUUAUAGAAGAUGACGUGUGUGUCUUAAUGUCUUUCUGUGUUUGAACACAUUUUUUUGUCGUCCACAAUUGCUUUUCGUUAACAGCUGCCUCAGGAUCCUAGCCUGUGCGUUAUGGGGAGAAAGCAUUUUUUUGUUUUGUCGUACGGGUGGGCGGGGGAAGACACCAGCAUCGUAUCUGUAUAUAAACACUAUACAGAUAUGACAACCUUUAAAAGUAUAGGAAGGUAAAAGAAGAAUCCACUCCUGUAUUUAUUGUUGUAAAUCCUAAUACAGUGCAAACUGGCAAAUUCUCAAACAUGUUUUAAGUUGUUGAAUAAAUUAAAAAAAAACCUAUGUUUAAAUAUUGCAAGUGAUAAUGGUAGAUGAUGAGCAAUAAUUUAAAACAUUCUGUAAUCUUACUGAAUAAAGAUGUUAAAAAAAACUGUAA